CUAAAAACAGACACGCUAAUCUUCUUGUGGCGCAAGCCUCGAGAAGAGGCCGAGAGGGAAAGCAGAGGUCGACGGACGGAGGCGGGCUCACUCGAAAAGGAGAGGCAGGCCAGGCUCCCAGCGCGUCGCCGCCGAGCGCAACGCCGUCUAGAUCCCGCCACACGCCCCGCCGGUCGCCGCUCGUCUCACGGUCCGCUCCCCUCCUUCCUUCCUUCCUUCCUGUUCCUGUGCAGAGCAUGGAGGGUUCUAACUUGAAAGGUUUGGUGGAUGAUGAAAUUGUCAUGAAGACGGGCAAGGCUGCAGGCAUCGGUUUAGCUUUUGGCGGUGUGUUUGGUGCACUAAAUUCUAUGCUGCAUGAUGGGCCUCAGGUUGGCAGUAAUGUCAAGUAUCCCCAGCUGAUCAGAACUACCAAGGUGUGUGGGCAUUAUGCAGCAAACUUAGCGGUUGUUGGAGCUACAUUUGUAGGCGUCGAGCAGGCUCUUGCAAGAUACAGGAUGAAGAAGGACAUCAUUAAUGGUGCUGCUGCUGGUUUUGCUGCUGGUGCUGUUUUGGGUUUCAGAGUUAGGAGCUUCCGGACAGCAUUCUUUUCAGGGUCUGCACUCGCCUUGACAUCUGUACUGCUGGAUGUCACCGGAAUGAAAAUUACUGAUGAAGAAGAAAAAGGCAACCACUAGACACCCUGUGAAAUGGAAGAGCAGUAUCUGUAUCAGAGGAGUCCCAUCUCUUAAGAAAUGCUAUUACAGUAGUAGUGUUGGGAUGGAGAAGAGUUUCUUGUCCAUUGAUAUAGGCACGCGAACGUAGUAUGUUCAUAACAGAGGUAGUAGCCUAGUAGAUUAUAUACUUCGCAGCGGUCCUGGUCUGAAGCCUAAACACAUGUUUGCAGAGUACUUUCCGCCAUUUUCAUCUGGCGCUAGUUUUUUUUUUUCUGAAACUGCAAGUCGAAGUCACUGGUUAGACUGUUCAGGUACCAUCAGGUUCCACCAAAUUCUGGAUCUGUGCUGCAAGUUGCCUUUUAAACAUUUUAUAUGGAAGCAGUGCAAGUUUUUUCUUCCUCGGUGUUUAAUCUGAGAACUUGUUAGCUGUUUCUUCCUGAUGUAUGCUCUAUGCUUCAGAAUGUAUAUAGUUACCUUCUGCUCAUCUGCAGGGGUUAAUGCUCUUC